ACAGUUAAGAUGUUGCCUCACACAGUUAAAUGCAAAUUGUAUUUUUCCCAGCUGUAUUGGUGAUAUCUUGCUGUUUGCAUAGUUCAUACGCCACCUACUGCAAAAGCGAGCUGACAGCUCAUGCAAUGCUGGAAGCAUUUUCAUUCCAUCAUUGUGGCAGGGCUGAAUAGGGUUCCUUUUUUAUUUUUCUUUACAACCAAACAAGAGAAAGGCCGGACUGCUAUUGUAUCACGCUGCUGAUCAGAAUGGAACAGAGAAUCAACAGAACGGACAAAGACUCUGAAGACAAAUGUAACAAUACAGAAGAUGGAGAUCCACGAACAAAAUGUAAAACAUCUCUCCUCACUCUCAAUGUUGGUGGCUAUCUGUACAUAACGCAAAAACAGACUCUCUCCAAGUACCCGGACUCUUACCUUGAAGGUGUGGUCAAUAGGAAAAUUUUCUGCCCAAUUGAUGCAGACGGACAUUACUUCAUAGACAGAGACGGGUUACUAUUCAGGCAUGUUUUGAACUUUUUACGCAAUGGGGAGCUUUUGUUACCAGAAGGCUUCCAAGAAAACCACCUUUUAGCACAUGAAGCUGAUUUUUUCAAGCUGAAGGCACUAAAUGAAGCUGUGAAAGCCAGAUGGGAGAAAGAGCAGCAGGCUGCACGGGAAACCACUUUUUUGGAAAUAACAGAUAACCAUGAUCGGUCUCAGGGUCUCCGGAUCUUCUGCAAUGCCCCCGACUUCAUCUCCAAAAUCAAAGCCCGCAUUGUGCUGGUUUCCAAAAGCAGGCUGGACGGAUUUCCAGAGGAAUUCUGCUUUUCCUCUAACGUUAUUCAAUUUAAACAUUUCAUCAAAUCGGAAAAUGGGACGCGUCUCGUUCUGAAGGAAGACAACACCUUUGUCUGCACACUGGAAACUCUUAAGUUUGAAGCCAUUAUGAUGGCACUGAAGUGCGGCUUCAGACUGCUGACGAGCCUGGAUUGUUCAAAAGGGUCAAUUGUUCAGAGUGAUGCACUUCAUUUUAUCAAGUAAUUACUUCAUCGGUUAAACGAAAGGCAGUGGAGAAUCCAGCCCAGUCUUAUUAAACAGCAGCUCCUUGGCUUCGCAUAAUGUACCUGACUC